CCCUUGUAAGAGUAUCAGUCCAAUAUUUUUGAAUUUGUAACAUACACCUUCGUGGGGCCAACGAUAUGGGGCUGAUUCACAGUUGCAACGGUAAUAUAAGGCUAAUUUAUAUUUGGAAUUGUAAAUCCCUAUGGAUUAUUUUCCAUUUCGUGUUAUUCUAUUCAUUGUGCAGAUAUAUUCUCGAAUUAGUGAGUACCUAUAUACAUUUUUAUUCCGAUCAAAUAUAUUUCCUGAAAAUAUUUGUCAUUCUGUAUAAUUAUCAGAAUGUCACUCGACUUUCGAAUUUGAAUUAAAACAAAAAUCAAAUCGCCAAAGGAACCAAUAAAUAAGCACCAACUUUUUCGACUUUUUCAUAAAAUGUCAUAAAAUUGCAGUAAAUUGUGAGUAAUGCAAUAAUUAGUGGAAUAGUUAAUAUGGCUCUACCAAUACGGCAAAUAGUAAGAAAUUUGUUCAAGCCAAACUUUACAUCGACAACAAGAAGAUUUGCAGAAGCAACGACAUGUGUCAAGAAACCAGCAGAAGAUCCUUGCAAACAUAAUCGCCAUAAAGGUUUGGUUUUCGGAUUAUACACGAACCCAGAGGAUGUCUAUGACCCAGGCAAACUGACCCCAACCGGAGAAAGGUACGACAGUAUGGUGUGUCACAGAUUGUACGAAUUGAUCAAGUAUACAGGACCCCCCGCAAAAAAGGGCGAAGUCCGAGUCUUCUACAACGUCGACGACGAAUUCUCCAUGGUGGCCGUAGUAGGAAUGGGUCCCGAAUGCCAGGGCUACGACGUUUUCGAGCAAAUGGACGAAGGAAAGGAAGCCAUCAGGAUAGCAGCUUCUACAGGAUGCAAAGCCCUUCAAAAAAUGUCGGUGAGGAGAGUGUACAUAGAAAGUUUUGGCCACGCAGAAUCUGCAGCCGAGGGCGCGGCCCUCGGGGUCUGGCUCUACCAAGAAAAGAAAAUGAAGAAACACCAGGUCCUCAUUCCCCAGUUAGAGCUCUACGACGAUUGUGACUGGACGGGUUGGCAGAUCGGUUUACAGAAAGCCGCUGCUCAGAAUUUGUCCAGACAACUCAUGGACACCCCUGCAAACCUGAUGACACCCACUUCUUUUGCGCAAAAUGCCGUUGAAGUUUUAUGCAAAUCCGGUGUAAACGUCGAAGUCAAGGUACGUGGGUGGGCAGAAACGCAGAAGAUGUACGCGUUCCUAGCAGUAGCUCAAGGUUCCUGCGAACCACCUAUAUUCCUCGAGCUAAGCUACUACGGAGCCUCGAGAGACGAAAGACCCGUCGUUCUUAUUGGCAAAGGUAUAACGUACAACAGCGGGGGAUUGUGCAUCAAGCCUUGCAACAAACAACGUUUCAUGCGCGGAGAUAUGGGCGGUGCAGCCUGCGUUUUGGCAGCUUGCCGUGCAGUAGCUGGUCUCCAGCUGCCGAUCAACGUGAGAGCUUUGAUCCCCCUCUGCGAAAACAUGCCAGGUUGUGCAGCCAUGCGGCCUGGGGACAUUGUCAAGGCUAUGAACGGAAAGAGCAUCAAAAUCGAGUCCACCGACACUGCUGGAAGGCUGUGUCUAGCGGAUGCGUUGGUUUACGCGCAGAAUUUUUGGCCCAGGUUCAUUGUGGACGUUGGUACCAUGACCAACGAUAUGAAACACUCACUGGGUGCUUCGGCUAGUGGCGUGUUCAGUAACUCCGAAGCUCUUUGGGAGUAUAUGUUGGCUGCCUCAAUGCAUACUGGUGAUCGGGUUUGGCGUUUUCCGCUGUGGGACCAUUUCACGAAGCUCGUGAGCAAUCACCACGCCGUGGAUGUGAAGACUUUUGGGAAAGGUGGCGCUCCCAGAUGCGGGGAGGCCUGCAAAGUGGCUGCUUUUUUGAAUGAGUUUGUGCCUUGCGGGGAUUGGCUUCACUUAGAUACUUAUGGAGUCAUGCUUUCGAAUGGAACUGACUUUCCGUACCUUCGUCAGGGGAUGUCUGGCCGACCCACUCGUACUCUUGUCGAGUUUCUGUCUCAAUUAGUAUGUCACCGUGAAUAACGUAUAUUUUGAUUAGUUUUUGAUAAAAGAAACCACUAAAUUUGGACUGUCUUUAUUUUGUAUUUUUUACAGUAAAUAUACUAUGAUAUAUUGGU